AUGCAAAACGUUGCUGCUUCUGUAACAGAUACUUUCGGAAACAUGAAGCCAUGGUUCCAAAAAGUUACUAAUCAGGCCAAGACAACUGAUUCAAAAUAUUUUACUACCACCAAAAAGGGUGAAAUUUUUGAACUUAAAGCCGAACUACAAAGUGAGAAGAAAGAAAAGAAGAAGGAAGCGGUCAAAAAGGUUAUUGCUAGCAUGACCGUUGGGAAGGAUGUUAGCGCCUUGUUUCCCGAUGUGAUGAAUUGCAUGCAAACGGACAACCUGGAACUGAAGAAACUCGUUUACCUGUACCUUAUGAAUUACGCCAAAACUCAACCAGAUACUUCGAUAAUGACCGUGAGCACGUUUGUCAGGGAUUGUGAUGACCCUAAUCCAUUAAUUCGGGCUUUGGCGGUACGAACAAUGGGUUGCAUUCGCGUUGAAAAAAUCACUGCAUAUUAUUGUGAUCCACUGCGAAAGUGUCUAAAGGAUGAGGAUCCAUACGUUCGCAAAACCGCUGCAAUUUGUGUAGCAAAACUCUAUGACAUUGAUCCAACACUGGUUGAGGACAAUGGGUUCCUCGAGUUACUAAAGAAUCUUCUGAGUGAUAGCAAUCCUAUGGUUGUUACGAAUGCCGUAGCUGCGAUUUCUGAAAUAUUAGAGACAACGCAGUCGGAUGCGGCUAUAAACCUUUUGAAAAUUGAUCAGCAGAUUGUAAAUAAGCUGCUGACGGCAUUGAAUGAGUGUAACGAAUGGGGUCAGGUUUUUAUUCUCGACGCCAUUACGGAGUACACUCCUUCAGAUGAGCGGGAGGCUCGUGGUAUUAUUGAGCGAGUCAUGCCCCGUCUACAGCAUGCCAACGCAGCAGUUGUCCUGUCUGCAGUCAAGGUGAUCAUUCGCACCCUCAGUUUCAUUGAUCCGGUGUCUGAUUUAGCCCAGACCACCUCCAAAAAAUUGGCACCUCCUCUGGUGACUCUACUCUCUGCUGAGCCCGAGAUUCAGUACGUAGCUCUGCGAAACAUAAACCUUAUCUCUCAAAAGAAUAAGGACCUUCUCAAACAGGAAAUCAAGGUGAUCCAAUACUUUCGUAUCUUAUUCCUUGUCUUCCAGGCCUUUUUCGUAAAAUACAAUGACCCGAUUUACGUGAAGUUGGAAAAACUCGAUAUCAUGAUCAGACUAACAAAUCAGGCAAACAUCGCUCACGUUCUCGCUGAAUUGAAGGAAUAUGCAAAGGAAGUGGAUGUAGAUUUUGUGCGCAAGGCUGUGCGCGCUAUUGGACGGUGUGCCAUCAAGGUUGAGGCGUCUGCUGAACGCUGCGUCAGCACAUUAGUUGAGUUGAUAAAUACCAAGGUCAAUUAUGUCGUUCAAGAAGCUAUUGUCGUCAUAAAAGAUAUUUUCCGUAAGUAUCCCAACAAGUAUGAGAGCAUUAUUGCUAAUCUUUGUGAAAAUUUGGAUACUUUGGAUGAACCAGAAGCCCGAGCCUCAAUGAUUUGGAUUAUCGGCGAGUACGCAGAACGUAUUGACAACGCUGACGAGCUUCUGCAAUCCUUUUUGGAUGGGUUUCAUGAUGAAAACACUCAAGUUCAACUCCAGCUUCUCACAGCUACUGUAAAACUGUUUUUGAAGAGACCCUCUGACACCCAGGAACUUGUUCAAAAUGUCCUGGGUUUGGCCACUUUGGAAUCAGAUAAUCCUGACUUGCGCGAUCGUGGCUAUAUUUAUUGGCGUCUUCUGUCGACUGACCCCACUGCAGCGAAGGAGGUCGUUCUUGCGGAGAAGCCGUUGAUCUCUGAGGAGACUGACUUGCUUGAACCCUCCCUAUUAGAUGAAUUGAUUUGCAACCUUGGCAGUUUAGCCAGCGUCUACCAUCAGCCCCCGAGCGCAUUUGUAGAGGGCAAGCAUAUCUCGAGAAAGCACCUCUUUGCCACUUCAGCAGCUGCUAGUAAAGCCGGUGAGGCUGGCGGACUGCAGCAACCUACUACUACGGUCAUUCCUACCCAAGAGACAUUGAUAGGAGAUCUCUUGGAUAUCGAUGCUGUGCCGAACACAUCGAUGGCACCACCAGUUGGCUACACAGGUACUCCUAUCCCUGGGAUCGACGUGGAAGCACCGGAUCUCCUUGGUGACGGUCUUGACGACCUCCUUCCUGGUGUCCCUCCGAAAACUUCCGCUGCGGCACCAACGGGUGCGUCUGAGUCCACCGCUGAUGCGCUGGCGGAUAUUUUUAGAGGGAUGAGUGCAGGUAGUGGGGUAUCCUCAACUUUCACCGUUCCCGCUAGCCACGAUCUUGCCUCCAUUGUGAUGACUCCUGCCGCCUCUUCUGCCUACGUUCCACCGCCUACCACAUGGUUGGAGUCCUCGCGGGGCAAGGGUCUUGAGAUUGCAGGUACAUUCAGUGUGAGCCCCUCCACCAAUCAACCUCAGAUGGAACUCACCUUCACGAAUAACGCGCUUUCUCCUAUGACCGGAUUCGCGAUCCAGUUCAAUAAGAACAGUUUCGGACUGGCUCCCGCUCAAUCUCUCAAUGUGCCCAGCCCUCUGCAACCCAAGCAGUCGGCUAAAGUGAUACUACCUUUAGGAUUCGGCAAUCAGGUUGUGAAGGUGGAUCCACUUAUGAACUUGCAGGUGGCAGUGAAGAACAAUGUGGACGUCUUCUACUUCGCCUGCCUCGUGCCCAUCCACGUGCUCUUCACAGCGGCGGGAGAGAUGGAGAAGAUGGUUUUCCUCGCCACUUGGAAGGACAUUCCCGCUGAAAACGAGCAGCAAUUCGUUCUCACUCCCCUCUCUCUGGAUGCGGUUAUUCCUAGUGUUGUAGAUGCCUGUUCACAGAAAUUGCGCAACAAUAAUGUCUUCACCAUUGCCAAGCGCAACGUCGAUGGGCAGGAUAUGCUCUACCAGUCGAUCAAGCUGUGCAACGGAAUCUGGGUUUUGGCAGAACUGAAAAUUCAACCUGGCAAUCCGUCCUACACAUUGUCUCUGAAAUCGCGGGAAAUGGAUGUGCACCCCUAUGUGAGGGAGGCAUUCCACGGAAUUCUCUCCAAUUAA